UUGAAUAACAAAGCCGGCGAGUUUACCGAUCUUGUCUGUGAGUACAAACCAGAUGUGGUUGCUCUAACAGAAACAUGGUUUUAUCCGAUGGAGUCAGCCUCGCGAACACUCUGUAUGCCUGUUGGCUACAAACUUCUAGACUAUCCACGAACUAGUCGAACAGGGGGAGGGACUAGAGUACUGUUCAGGGACAACCUUACUGUGAAAAAAGGAGCUACCGCUGAACUGCGAUCAUUUGAGUACUCUACGUGGAAUAUUAAGUCUGAAACCGACCGGAUCCACCUUAUUAUCAUCUACAGAAUACCAUACUCUGACGCACAUCCCGUCACCACAAGUGUCUUCUUCGAAGAGUUCUCAGCAUUUCUCGAAUCUGCAGUUUUUUGCUCUAUUAAUUACUGGGGACUUUAACAUACACAUGGACGUGGAAGCUGACACUGCGUGAAUUACUCGAGAGUACUGGUCUAAACUAACAUGUUACCGCUCCCACUCACAUCAGCGGGCACACCCUUGAUCUUACUCUUACAAGAUUGUCUGACCAGCUUGAUAUUUCCACCCCAAGGACCGAUUAUCUAUUUUCUGACCACAUGCCAGUCUAUUCCAAACUCCAAGUGUGCAAACCUGCCCUUAAAAGAUCGCAUAUAACUUUCAGGAAAAUUAGGUCAAUCAAUAAGAAGCUCCUACGCGACGAGAUUUCUAAUACCGAUCUCUGUGAAAACCUACUUUCAUACAACCUCGAUAGUCUGGUUAAUGCCUAUAACAACACACUCAAAUCAGUCCUUGACCACCAUGCACCAGCCAUCACUAAGACCGUAGUUAAAAGACCAACUGUUCCCUGGUUCAAUGAUGGAGUAAAGUCUGCAAAAAAGGAAAAGAGGCGCGCGGAGAGGAAACGGCGCAGAACAAGGCUACAUAGUGAUCUGUUAGAUUUUAAGGCGAAGAAAAAUCUAGCUACCUGUGUUAUUAAAAGAGCACGAUCUAACUUUAUACAGGCAAACUGCAGCGACUCACGCAAACUCUUCAGGUCUGCAAAAACACUGUUUAACUAGGGGGCGGACCUGAAUUUUACGAGUUACCAAGACGACACAAAAUUAGCUAACGAUAUCGGCAAGUUUUUCCUACAGAAAAUUGAGCGCAUUCGAACCGAGCUCGAGACAGCUGCUACUACAGACUCUAACCCAUCGUUUGAGCCACCACAUUCAAACUCGGCUAACCUCCUUCACAAUCGUGAGUCAGGAGGACGUUAA